AUGACUACUCCUCCAAUGCUUAUAAAAAGAGGCUUUAACCAGGAAACAAAGGAUAACCGGCAAGACAUACACCCAUUGGAAACACCCAAGCUUAACCCAUUCAUCUCCUCAUUUUUCUCUCGGGAAGGCAGAGGCAAGCUCAACCUUUGCUGGAAAUCACCUAGCCUUAGCUAUUCCAAGUUCAAACACACCAAACCAAGCCGAGAGAAGGAGUCACAGCAAUUUGAGGUAGACCCAGAUAAGGCCCGAGAAGCUCUUAAAAAUCUUGACCAGCAACUUCAAUCUGGCUCCCAAAGACAAGCCCGCCCUCCAAGGCAAAAGGCACCGGAUGUGCGUUUUGCAAGAGAUCAAACAGAAGAUGAAGAAGUUCAGGAAUUUUCAGGAUCUUUCUUUACAAUCACGGCUGUUGCUGUCUUUGCUUUCACUAUUUUCUAUAAUGUGUUGUUUUACACUGUUAUAAAACCAUCCAUAGAUGGACCAGAGCAAGCUCCAACCACAAUUGUUCCAAGAGAAAUCCCAAAGUAGCAGUUUUGAGCCCCUGCAGGAAAUUUAUGUUCAACAAAUAAACAGGUUCUGGUUUGAGUUUUGUAAAGGCAACUUUCUGACAGAAAUGUAGUUUAUGUAAAAACAAUUCUAAGAAAGAAAAAACCAAACUUAUUUUAUUCA